GCCUAAAAACACCUCUUGUUUAGUUCAGAAUGAGUAUCAUGACAGAAAAAGAAUCCCCCCUUGAAUUUGGCUGGCUGCUAACAAUAUUUCUUAGUAUCAUCAUUAUUAUAUCAGUAUCUUUUCUCUUUUAUAACCUAAACUUUCCCCUCACUUUGCAGCCAUGUCCCUAGUCUCUCUCUAGAGGUUUGAAGUUAACUGAGAGAGAGAGAGAGAGAGAGAGAGUUGCUGAGUUCAAUCUUCCAAGCUUUGGAGUUUUUGAGGAAAUGGAAGAGUUUUACAGACUCAACAACCCUUUAAUAUCCUCGUUUCCAAAUGGUGAAGCCAUUGAUGGAGCCAUGAUGGUGGAUGAUGAUAUGCUUCAGCUUGAAUCGGAGGCCACCACUGGCUUGAACAUGUCUGAUAUGAUCAAGACUCAGAUUGUUAAUCACCCCCUUUAUCCAAAACUGGUUUCUGCUUACAUUGAGUGCCAAAAAGUUGGAGCUCCACCACAAGUGGCUUCUCUUCUUGAAGAAAUUGGCCGUGAAAACCACCCCCCAAGGUCUUGUAUUGAGCUGGGAGCUGAUCCUCAACUGGACAACUUUAUGGAGUCAUACUGUGAGGUUCUUCAUCAAUAUAAGAAUGAGCUAUCCAAGCCAUUUGAUGAAGCAACAAUGUUCUUGACCAACAUUGAAUUGGAGCUAAGCAACCUGUGUAAAGGAUCGUUCAGCACGCCGUCCGAUUCUCACUCCGCUAUGAAUGAUGAAGUAGCUGAGAUUUCGGAGGAAGAACCAAGCAGCUACGGGGAGGUGGAAAUGCCGGGAAAUCCCGAGUCGUUCUGCACGCGGCAAACAAACCAAGACCUCAAAGAAAUGCUGCUGAAGAAGUACAGUGGCUACCUCAGCAGUUUGAAGAAGGAAUUCUUAAAGAAGAGGAAGAAGGAGAAGCUGCCAAAGGAUGCAAGAAUGGCUCUAUUUGACUGGUGGAACACUCAUUAUAAAUGGCCUUAUCCUACAGAAGAGGAGAAAUCAAAACUAUCUGAUAUCACUGGUUUGGACCAAAAGCAGAUCAACAACUGGUUCAUAAACCAGAGAAAGCGCCACUGGAAGCCGCCCGAAGAUAUGCGAUUUGCGCUCAUGGACGGGGUGGGGACUGGGGCCGGGGAAUGCAUCAAAGGAUCAAAUUUGAAUGACAAUGGAGAAACUGGAGGGCAUGUAGUUUGAUAUGAUAUGAUUAUGAUAUGGAUUUCUUGUCUAGUUUCACAAAUGGUGGCCUAGCUAUCUUCUACUUUCUAGUUCUUCUUCUGUAUAUCAUUUUUUUUCUAAUCUUUUGAGUUUCUUUCUGACUUGACCAAAAAGAAAACA